AUGGCAUUUCUCUGCGAUUUAGCCAACGGAGGUCCGAACGACAAAGCUUCCAAAUUCCAGGAUAAGGUGUCGAGGAAUGCCGUUGAUUAUAGUCAGCCUCAAGCGGGCAAGGAUCUGACCAGCUGCAUCCAGUUGAAGGUGAAGAGGAACAGCGAAGAUAAGAAGCACCGCAACACCAUUGUACCAGCGCUGUUAGGAAUUGAACCUAAUACGAACUCAAUAUCUCCGCCAAACAAAUACCUCCAACAACAGAUACUAGACUAG